CUGAUAGGUGGCACUGAUUGGCAUUGAUAGGUGGCACUGACUGGCACUGAUGGGUGACACUGAAAGGCAGCUCAGAUGGCCACUGAUAUGUGGCAUUGAUGUGCACUGGUAUGCACUGAUAUGUGGCAUUGAUGUGGCACUGAUGGGCACUGGCACGUGACACUGAUGAGCACUGACAGGUGGCACUUUCGGGGCCACACUGAUCAUCAGGGCACACUGAUCAUCACUGAUUACCGGCUCUCCUCUCGAGCUGUCAGCGUGACAACUCGAGAGGAGAGAAAUGCCGAUAAAUGGCAUUUCCGUGUUUACAUG